AAUAAUGAAUGUUACACAACGGACCUUAAAGGUAUCCCAGAACUCCAAAAAUAUAAUCAACCGAAUGUCGAAGCAGGGUAUUCGCGUGGCAAACGUGCACAAUUGUUGAAUGAAACGUCGCAAAAGAUGGUUGAUUCACGAAGUAAUAAUUGUUCAAAACUUGUAAUAUUUAUGGCUAUUGUACCAAGAAUUCUUGCACAUGAUCCCUACGCGUAUCAUGUUUCUUUUACUUUCGUAAAUUUAAACACGAUGACAAUAUCUUUUUAA